AUGUUGCGUUCCAACUUUCUGAAAGUGGUCAUGACUUUAAUGUGCCCAGGAUUCAACAUUGCCCAAAAGGUAACUCAAGAUCAACCUGCAGUGAUGGCGCAGGAGAAAGAAGCUGUGACUCUGCACUGCACAUAUGAUACAAAUGAAGUACGUUUUGCUCUACUAUGGUACAAGCAGCCCAGCAGUGGACAAAUGAUUUUCCUUGUUCGUCAGGAGUCUUACAACGAGCAAAACGCAACAGAAAGCCGCUACUCACUGAACUUCCAAAAAGCAGCUAAAUCCAUUGAUCUUGUCAUCUCAGCUUCACAGCUGGAAGACUCAGCAAUGUAUUUCUGUGCACUGAGAGGAGACACAGUGAGAGAGGAGAGAUUCAGCCUUACCCAGAAGGUAAAUAAAAUUCAGUUAGAAAUGAUGGUGCAAGAAGAGGAGACUGUGACUCUUAACUGCACAUAUGAUACCAGUGAUCCAAGCUUUGCUUUAUUCUGGUACAAGCAGUCCAGCAGUGGGCAAAUUAUUUUCCUUAUUCGCCAGGAGUCUUACCAGCAAAAUGCAACAGACGGCCGUUACUCAUUGAACUUCCAACAAACAUCUAAAUCGAUCAACCUUGCCAUCUCAGCUUCACAGCUUGGGGACUCAGCAGUACUUCCCACAACCUGUGUGGUCUGCGAGUUAUCACAUCGUAUUUUAGACCCAGCAAACCAGUAUGAUUGUUGUGAAAUGAGUAGCAAGAAGUAUGGGAGCAUGGGGGACAUGUCUGACCUCAUGGGAGUUGGUUUUUUGCUGUUGAUACUGUUGAAGAGGAUAGUUUCCCUUUGUGAAGCUCGUAAAGCCAAUGAGAAGGAACAGAAAGUGAUUGCUGAGCAUGAAAUAAGUUUUGAUACACUUGACAGCCCACAGAAGCUUAAGAAUUUCUCAACCUUCAGACAAGCUCUGCACAAAGCAAAUAUCUAA